AUGAAGGCUGUUAGUUUGUUGUCGGUCUCUCUGGGCCUGCUCUAUCCCGCUGCCAGAGCAGUGAAGAUAAUUCUUGACAAUGACUGGUCCACGGCUGGUUUCAUACCGUAUCUGUUGGCGCUCGACCAGGGCUGGGAGGUCCUGGGACUCGUUGGAGACACUGCUAAUUCCUGGGCACUCCAAACCAGUCUCCAUGGUCUGGCAACCCUAGAAGUUGGAAAUCUUUCAUCCUGUAUUCCAGUACAUAAGGGGGCGGACUACCCUUUCAUCAACACACCGGAGCUUAUUCAGGCGUGGGAGGAAAUGUUUGGCACUCUACCUUGGGAAGGAGUAUUCAAGCCAAUGAACGUUACCGCAGAGGCGACCGGAUCAGACCCAACUUCUGGAAAUCCUAACCGGAUUGCAAAGUCGGCAUUCUUGGAGGGCUAUCCGAAUGGAACACUCAGCGGCUACCACGCUGCAGCAUGGAUGGUUGAACAGGUCAAUAAGUACCCUGGGGAGGUCAUGAUCUACUCUGGUGGGGCUCUCACCAACAUCGCUCUCGCUAUCAGGAUGGACUCCAAGUUUGCCAGCCUGACCAAAGGACUUGUCAUUAUGGGCGGAUAUAUCGAUGUGAACCUUCUUCAGACCUCUGGGUCGACUCUGCAAGCUGAUAUUAAUUCUGAUAUCAACUUUAUCACCGAUCCAAUCGCCAAUAAGAUAGCCCUCCAGGCUGACUUCCCUAAUAUUACCAAUCAGAUCUUCCCGAGCCAGGCCCUUCUCGACGAGAUCUACGAAGUGAAGAAUCCGUACACUGAACUGGUAUACAACUACUAUGGCACCUUUCUUCCGUUCUGGGACGAGAUUGCCAUGUUCUCUGUGCUCGAUGCCAAGAAUGUGAAGAACUCAACAUUCUAUGUCGACACGUCAUAUUUCAGCCCUAUGUAUGGAAGGAUCUACGCAUAUCAGGAAGCUCUAUUGCCUUCGAGGCAGAAACUCCGGGAGGUUAACAUGGUUGUCAAGGUUGACGAGCGCAAGUUCAAGGCUCAGCUUAAGCGAGCAUUGCAGAAGCCCAAGAGCUGCAAGGAUCUGAAAUAG